GAGUUUAUACUCAUGGGGCAUUUUCAGGUAGGUAAACAGGGGAGUGGCCUUAGGGAAAUGAACAUUGUUCAUCAUUUCCUAAGCUUACCACAACUUAAUUUCUUUCUCACAUUAAGUUGUGAGCUACCCAGGGGCAUCAUCCUUUUAAAGUCUUUUGGCUCUGAUUCUUCAUCUGAGCAAACUCAUUUAAAGCUCCGAGAAUUUAAAGUCUCCCCAAAUGGAUAAAAAACUGGAUGUCUUCAGGAGGGAGUUAGUGGAUAUUCAAGGUAUCCCUCUUUUUUGGAGCAUUGCUGAGCAUUGGUCCCAAGUAGAGUCAUUUGAAGCCCGGCCUGAUGACCUUUUGAUCUCCACAUAUCCCAAAUCUGGAACAACUUGGGUCAGUGAAAUACUGGAUUUGAUCUACAACAAUGGGGAUGCAGAGAAAUGUAAAAGGGAUGCAAUCUACAAACGAGUACCAUUCAUGGAGUUUAUAAUUCCUGGAAUAACAAAUGGUGUUGAAAUGCUGAACAACAUGCCGUCUCCUCGAAUAGUGAAAACACAUCUUCCUGUUCAGCUGCUUCCUUCCUCAUUCUGGAAAAACGACUGCAAGAUGAUUUAUGUGGCACGGAAUGCCAAAGAUGUGGUUGUUUCUUACUAUUAUUUCUACCAAAUGGCAAAAAUCCACCCAGAGCCUGGCACCUGGGAAGAGUUCCUCGAGAAAUUCAUGGCUGGGCAAGUGAGCUUUGGUCCCUGGUAUGAUCAUGUGAAGGGCUGGUGGGAAAAAAGAAAAGAAUAUCAGAUCCUUUACCUGUUUUAUGAAGAUAUGAAAGAAAAUCCAAAGUAUGAAAUUCAAAAAAUAUUAAAGUUUCUAGAAAAAGACAUGCCAGAAGAAAUUUUAAAUAAAAUCCUCUACCAUAGCUCUUUCAGUGUAAUGAAGGAGAAUCCUAGUGCAAAUUACACUACUAUGAUGAAAGAAGAGAUGGACCACUCUGUGUCUCCUUUCAUGAGAAAGGGAAUUUCGGGCGAUUGGAAGAAUCAGUUCACUGUAGCCCAGUAUGAGAAAUUUGAAGAAGAUUAUGUUAAGAAAAUGGAAGAUUCAACACUCAAGUUUAGAUCAGAGAUCUAGGGAGUGUUGGUUUCUUCUCAGUCUCUUUUGUCAGGCACUAACAUUAGAGAAAAAGCACAUUCAUGGUUCAGUCAAAGAAAAUGUUGUAUAUUAUUUUUCUAUACUUACUAAAACUCUUGGUCUUGAAAUGUACAGAUAUCAGGUAAUAAUUCUCUUCUAAUUAUCUUCCUUACAGAAAGGUUCAUAUAGUAGUUUCCCUUUUACUUUCUGUUAUCAAAAUAAUACAAUUUUAAGAGGCUUUAUAACACAGUAUAUUUUUAGUUUCAGUUCCUAAUAGCUUCCUGUCUGUAUAUAGUCUCAGUGGCCUCCUAGAGGAAGAUUACAUUUCAUUAAUUAAUUCAACUUCAUCUGUGGUGAUUUUGCUUUUUAAAAUAUUAUGUCGUUAACAUUGCCGAAUCAUUUAGAUUCAUUAUGUCAGAAUAACCUGUUUUCCCUUAAACCUUAUUUAGAAAUAUUAAAUUUUAAUGAAAAAAAUCAAUAAAACCCAUUUUAUAGAUUUAAAUCAAGAAAAUUAGAGAUCGAAUUAUUUUAUCCUUCAUUUCAUAUAUUGAAGCUAUUGUGAAAUUUAUUACAGAAAAUGUUGAGGCUUGUUCAAAAUACUCCAAAUUAUUAUUCUACUGUCUAUUUUAUGUCCACUUAACAUCACUUUUUAAAGGAAAACUCUGUACAAUAAACUAAUUUCCAUAAUCUCUCUUCUUUUUUUUUAUUGGGUUUUGGAUCACACCAGGGUCAUUUUCAUCCUUCUGAAAUUAGUCAUUCCUGAGUGAGAUAAAUACUCAUUUUUGAACUAUCACGAAAUAUGAAUUCAAAUCCCUUUACAUUUGUCUUCAGGAACUAAUGUUUAGUGAAAAAUGAAACCUUAAAAAUAAAUGAAUAAAGUAUUACAUGAUUAUAUUCAAUAUAUAACAUUCUUGACAUGAGAAAAUUGUUGAAGUGGACAGCUAGUUAAUGGUAACAUAAUUUAAUGAAAAACUUUAAAGGACAUGAUAGGAGUCACAGAACAGCAACCUGGGCAAUAUUGCUGUAGAACAAGUAGUCUUAAUAUUCUGGCAUUAAUAAAAUGUUAUAGGCUUACCAGAUGUUACUACUGGAGAAAAUGUGCUAAAGUUAUAAUUUCUUACCAUUUCAUGCUGAGUGUCUCAAAUUUUACCAUUAUGUUUAAUGAAUGUCUUACUAAUUUUAAAUGUUCUAAAGCCAAGGUAAUUUUAAGUAACAACACCAGUAAUGACUGUCUAAAAUAAACAUCCUUAAAUUAAGUCAACAAUGAAUUAAUA